UGUUUUUGAGUUCACAGUGAACCUUCUCAGUAAAUAAUGGCCCCUGUUGGUCCCCGAAAGCUAAAACCAGCAUGCAUGAAUCACCAAAAAGUUGGUCGGUUGUAACAGUAAAAUUAAUUCCUCGGACACCUGCAGACAGGUAAAGGUUACAAAUAAGUAGGUAAAAACAAACUUAAACAAACACUAACUACAGAGAAUACUGUUAACAAAUGAGAAUUGAGAAAAAAAUGAGUGAGCUUCAUACAUUAUUUUUAUUCUUUAUUAUUUAUGCUUUACAACUUUAACUUUAUGUGCUUAAAUUGUUUUUAUUGCAACAUAUUUAAAGACUACAUUAGUACGUUUUUUUUUUAAAUUCACAUUAUAUUUUUAAAUUUUAAAUGUGUUUAAGAAGUAAAUAAACAACUUUUUUUUUGACAUUUUGGUUCACUCGACAGUAGAGAGACAGAGAGAGAACAGGGAGAGACAGAGAGGCAGGAAAGGGGCCAACCAAGGCCACUGCAGGACUCUGGUAGGUGCUACAUGCUCUACCAGGUGAGCUUCCAGGGUGCCCUUCCACUUUUCUGCUUGUACUUACUGCUGAGAACCACUAGAGGUCUCCAUUCAGUGGGGCAGUGAGGUAGUGGACUCCAUCAGAGCCCAGUACAGUUUCACAGUCCUUUUCAUUACAUUGAUCAACUUUAUUUCCCCAAAGCUUUAGAAUGCAACAAACCUGUUUCCUUUGGUGACACUAUGACCUUUUUAUCUAGUGAAGGGCUCCGGAGCCACAUCUUGCUCUCAAGCCUCUCCCCAGUGGCUUUUUCUGGUUUUGACAAAAAGACAUUAUAUGGAAAUGAAAAUAUUGUUGUAGGCCUAAAGUGCUUAUUACAUUCUCCAACUGUAAACAUGUAUACCUAAUAGAAUAAAAAAAGUAUUAACAAUUCGUCAACUAAAAUCUGUGUCAUAUAUUAGACCUGAUGCCUUUUCCGCUAUAUGUUGUGGAACCUCAAUAGCGGUGGCCACUGGUCUUGAGUCUCCCUAUGGUUUCCAAAUCCAAAAUAAGAAAUGUCUUUAAUUGAAUAGUGCGAGCAAAUACCAAUCGCCUAACUAGAAUCAGAAUCAUGUUUAUUGCCAAAUAGGUUUUUGCUAACAGGCUAAUUGUUAGCUUAUUAACACACCUGUCAAUUUAUUUCUGUGUAUGUCAACUCUGAAAAGUUUCCCAAGACAAACGGCUAGGACGCUGUUUGUUUGAAGAGUUGAGAUAUUAGUGUGUGUACAAGAAAUUAUCUAAAUUACAUACGUGCCACAACAAGGAAGCAAGUAUUCCCGAAUUAUUCCGAGAAAAUGAAAUAAUUCCGGAAUACUCAGAAAUCCAAAAAUUUUGGUGUUCCGGAACACCUGGAUUCUCGGAUGCCUGAAAUUCCGGAAUCCAUGCUUCCUUGUGCUGGCACGACUGGAUUUUAGAAAACAGCACAAGGAAAACUUACUAAUAAGUGUUUUUUGUUGGGUUUUUUUUGCUCGUUUUAUUAGAACUUACACACACGCAUGUCUUAUUCACCCUCUCUUGCCCUCAAGACUCUCUUGGUUGCUUCCUUCUCUCUCUAUCCCUCUCUCUCUCUCUCUCUCUCUCUCCCACUCUCCAGCUGCUGGCUCAGAGGGACGGGUAUAGUACCGGGCAGCGUUUCAGUCUCGACUCAAAUCCCGCUGAGCUACUAAAGGCUUUAAGAGCCAUCAGAAAUCUGAAACACUUGAGUUCCUGAACACCUGGGUUCUGGGACGCCUGAAAUUCCCUAAUACGGGAAUAUCAAAGGACUUGGGGAACUGGAAAGAUUUUCAGACUCUUGCAUUUGUUUAUUUUUUGUUUUGUUUUUGCGUUUGUUUUUUCAUCCACUAUUACAAUCGGAGGUUAAUGAUCUGUUGCAAGCCCGCUGUGGAAGUGGAUCUGCCUUAAUUUUCCACAACUGCGGGAGGAUUUCCUACCUCAGGAAUUCUUUCAUCUCAAAUGACAUUUGGAAAAAACUUGAGGAUUAAAAACCCUUCCUUUUAAACAUGGAAAUAAUUCAAACAAAAUAGCAAGAGAAAAGUCCUCUUCUUCACUAUGUACUUGUUCAUUUUGGGACUUAUCUUUGGAUUUGACACGCUUACCAACCAACAAACCUGACUGACUCAAAAGUAGACGUGUAUGUGUCCAUGUGUGUGACUGAAGACGAGACAGAUUAAAGUGUGCGCUGUAUAUACAUCUGUGUGUUUGUAUUUGUAUGUGUACUUUUGGCCAUGUUGGAGGAGAAAAAGUCCCGGGGCUCUCGGCAACAGGGCUCAGCGGACGCAGCUCACCCGAAAACGCCAAAGAUCAACACCAGCACCCCUAACGUGGCUGCGGGUAAAACCAACCACAUCUCAAACAGCAACAACGCCAUCAACCCUGCAUGCCGCUUUGCGUUACUAUCGGAGCAUUGUGCCCCUUCUCCUGCUCCAGGGCCCCUAACGAGCCCUCUACUUGGAGGGCUCCCAGGGAGCUCUUUCCUGAUUGGCCAGCAGGCUGCCUCCUUGCGGUUGGCUCAACUGAAAGCCCAGCUAGCACUGACGCAGAUAAACAACGCUCUCGCUGUUGGCAGCCGAACCGCAACCUUUACAGCAAACCCCAACAAACCUGCUUCCUACAUAUCUACAACGCCUCCUUCCCCGACUGCUGCAGCCAUCAAUCUCCUUAACCUUCUGAAGAUUGCAAACACCAUGUCCAAUCCCCUGUAUAACCCCUAUGCCCAUGGGAACCAAAGUUCUACCCAGGGGCAGUAUGGACUUCCCAGUACACAGACUGAGAGAGACCCUUGGAGAGCAUCUCAUUUUGGACCUGGGUCCAGCUUCAGUUCUUCCGGAGCUUCCUCAGCAAUUCCUGACAAUUCGGUGGGAGUUGCCUCAUCGCUGAUGUCUCAGUCAAUGGUCUACAGGCCUGAACAGAACAGGGCUACUAUGGAUAAAGACGUAGAGAGGUCUACAGACAUGCAUAUUCGCACAGCCAGAGAGGAGGUGAGGGUUCUCGGCAAACCGAUGCAUCAGUCCAUAGACCAGGGCACUCGCUUUACCAGCACACAAAGGGGUGAGUUUCGCUCCUCAGGCACAGGGAUGGCCUCCUACCCAAUGUCCUCAACCUCUGCCUCUCAAGGACACAGACACUCGGACGUUGAAAGUGGCAGUAGCUGUUUGGACUGGUCAUCGAACUACAAAAGGCCCACUGCUGAUGACUCUAAAUAUUAUUCAUCUGCUUCGUCUAGCUAUGCAAGUGGUGGUGACAGCAGCAGUCUAUUCCAGGGUUUAGGUGAUUAUGACUAUCCAGUGCCAGACAAACCUGCAGCCCCCACAGAGUCCAGUCGACCCAAAUACACCUCUGAAUCAGCUUCUAGCAUCCUUAAGGAAUUUGGACUUGAAAAACAAGAUUUGGAAUAUCUCCUCUCCUACCCUGAAGACCAGAUCACUCCUGCUAACCUGCCGUUCAUCUUGCGCCAAAUCCGCAUGCAGAAAUCCAAGAGGGCUACAACAGCAGAUCAACCCAAACCCUACCUGGAACCCCAACCCACCAGAAGCAUGAGUGGAAUGGACGGUCACAGCUUGAGCAGUUCCGGGGGGGCAGGAAUGCGCCAGAAAGAAGUGUCAUCGGCUGUUCUCCAACCGAGUAAAGUGAUUGACUAUGGACAUACUGGUAAAUAUACUGGAGGGGUUGGGGAUGAGAUUGGAAGGACCAGUGGUGGUACAGCUAACAGUGGUGGAAGUAUGUUGCCAAUGGACACUUACGAUAGUAGCAGACACAAUCGAGAUCCACUGCCAAAAACUACAACAGAGGCUAAAAGCAGAACCUUGGGUUCUUCACAUGAGCAGGCGACUUCUGUUCCCAGUCCCAGGUUUUCGUACAGUUCAGUACUGAAGUCUGUGGCUCCCCCAAGCAAUGACCAGACCAAACUAUUGCCGACCCAACCGAACCAGGACUUGCAAACUAUCCUCAGCUAUUUAUCUCUGCCAAACAAAGACACAGACAGCAGAGUUUUCAAGUCUGAAGCCUCCAAACCUGUUCCUUCAAAAGAACCAGAGACAGAUCACCAGUCAGCAUUGAAGACCAAACCAACCAGCACUGUGUUGCAUGGUGUGCACCCCAGCCGGCCUGGCCUUGUGCUCAUUGGCAGUAAUGACACCAGGGGCUCUAAGGAUCAGAGUAAAACUCGAGUUCAAGGGUCAACAGUUGCUGAGCAGAUGAAAAAGCAGCAGACCCAGCAGCAGAUGCAGAAGAAGCCAAUGCAGCAACAAUCGAAACAGCAGACACCGAAGCAGCCGGUAUCACAGAUGGGGCGACCGGCGUGGCCGCCAGUUUUUUCUGCCGCACAGACAGUUCCCGCUGCUCCUCUGAUCCCCGGCAUCAAUGAUUCCUCACAGGCCCUGAGACAUCCAGCUUUUAUACCUGGAGAUCCUCGCCCCAUCGUUAUUCCUCCAGCUCUGCCUCAGCCAGUCCCGAGCCUGAUAGGUUUCAAUAACAUGACACUGGCGACUUCCAGCAAGCAGCCUCCAGCAAUGGUUUCCAAGCGUCUGCCAACUCCGGCCAUGAUGCAUGACUAUGCAGCGGCUCCGCCAAAAAUCUUUCCACAUACCUGUUCUCUGUGUAACAAAGAAUGUACUCAUAUGCAGGAUUGGCUCUCCCACCAGAACACCAGCCUUCACCUUCAGAACUGCAAUCUCCUGCGAAAACAAUACCCAGAUUGGGAUGGUGAAAUAGCACUCAAACCCAGGGCUGCAGGAAGAGAUGCCAAGCCCGCAGCCCCAACCUCUGCACAGACUUCCCAGAAUCGUCUCCAGAAAACCAGCCAUGGCAGUCACUCCCGUUCCCGCUCAUCCAGUCCCCGUCGCCGUCGUGGUCCAGAGGGUAGAAGGGCGAAAAGCAGUAGCCGCUCACGAUCACCGCACAGUCCCAGAUACACUCGCAGGUCUCGUUCUCGCUCCCCACGGUAUAAUCACCUGACCUCCUCCCACUAUCGGUCACGUUCAAGGAGUCCCGAUAAACAACAACCGCCAAGGAGGAGAGGCGAGAAACGGUCCUCACCGAGGAAGAAUGACGAGAGACGAUCGCCACCAAGGAGGAGUGAUGGGAGACGCUCACCACCGAGGAGGAGUGACGAGAGACGAUCGCCACCGAGGAGGAGUGACGGGAGACGAUCGCCACCGAGGAGGAGUGACGAGAGACGAUCGCCACCGAGGAGGAGUGACGGGAGACGAUCGCCACCGAGGAGGAGUGACGAGAGACGAUCGCCGCCGAGGAGGAGCGGUGAGAGGCGAUUCUCGACAGAGGGGUCAUCCCUUCAAGGAAAGAAGUCGAGCAGUGCAGAGAGGCUGGCUAAGAAACUACUGGAAACUUCAGCUGUCCAGUCUCUAUCAAGACAGUCUGACCUUGAGACGGUGGUUAAAACUCUGGCUCCUGCCUUAUUGGCUGAGCUAGUCAAGAUGAACGCCUCUUCAUCAUCCUCCUCUUCUUCCAAAGGAGGGAAACCCUCCUCGUCUCCUCGCCCUGCAGUAGGGAACAAAUUGUCUUGCUCAUUUGCUUCUACAGCAAAGAAAAAGUUAACAACAAAACCCUCUAAAGCAAACCCCAGCCUGGAGAAGAGUGAGGCAUGUUCUUCCACAAAGAUUAUGUCUGGUAAAUCUUCACCUCCAACCAUGGUGAGACUAAAUGGGAUUUGUAGUUCUCUCUCACACAAUAACGUGGUUGCUGCUGUGGAACAAUUUGGAAAAACCAAGUCAGUUGUACUGUUUCGGUCCAUUUCAGAGGCAAUCGUAUGUUUUGAGAAAGAGGAACCCGCUAACAAAUUGAAGAGCGUAAAGAACUUCAAAAUUAAAGGAAUGGCAGUCACUAUUGUCAGAGAACAGGAUACUGUUUCUAAUGAGCAAAAGAAGCCUCCUCAGAAAAAACCUGCCACAUCCAGUGUCUCCACACCUCAAACCACAUUAUCCAAAACCGUCACUGCCACUAGAAACAUGACUCAGCUUAAAGAGCCUCUACCCUCUGGAGCCAGAAAAUCGUCAACAGGCAAACUUACCAAUCAGAAAAUUGCAGCUAAAGGCUCAGUUAAAGGCCUAAAAACUACUAAAAUGGUAAAAGGAGGAAAGUUGCCUCCGAAGGGACCUGUGAAAAAGCCCACAGUAAAGCAAACAUUGUCCUCAGAAUCAAACCCUAUGGCUUCUGAAAAUCAGCCUGACACUGGUGACUCUAUUCCUAAAAAAUCUGAAACCAGUAUUAAAGAGUCUGUGGUGGUGCUGAAAAAGACAGCUGAGGUUGAUAAAUCAGCAAACAGGACUGUUACUGAACCAACAAAAGGCAAAGAGUUUAUCACCGACGCAAAGGUUUUGGCUUCCAAACCAAAUAUGGCCUCAACUACACAAAAACCCCAAACUCAAGCAGCUAAGUUGGCUGCAGCAGGAGCUGUGGCAAUAGAAAAGGUUGAAGAAACAUCUGCAAAGGCCGUGAGUGUGCGUUCCAAAUCGGCAGCUUCAAAAAAUUGCCCUGAUUUAGAAAAUCCAAAGCCCAAAGAAUCUGAAACCAAGGUUCAAGAAGCUGUGACAAAUGUAACCAUAUUUGAACCCAAGAAUCAAGCCAAUGACACUGAAGACACUGAACCAAUGCAGCUUGAGGAAACAGUAGUUAAAUUGGUAGAGCCCAAGGAAGUUGAAAGUUGUGCUGAUGGUAAAGGGAAAAUAGCAACUACGGAGGCUGCACCAGAAGAUUCAGCAGGCAGACCCAGUGAUAGCCAACCACCAACCAGUACAGUUAAGACCCAGCCAACAAAAGGCAAUGAGUUUGUUACUGAAGCAAAGGUCUUGGCUUCCAAAGCAGAAACGGCCUCAACUACACACAAACCCAAAGCUCCAGUGGACAAGUUGGCUGCAGCAGGAGCUGUGGCAAAAGAAAAGGUUGAAGAAAUGGCUGCAAAGGCUGUUAGUGUGCCUUCCAAAUCUGAUGAUGUAGAAAAUCCCAUGCCUAAAGAAUCUGAAACCAAGGUUCAAGAACCUGUGGUUGUGCCAAAAGACAAAGCUGAGAUUGUUGAGACUGCAAGUGUGACUACUUUUGAACCCAAGCAUCAAGCAAAACUUCACAAACCCAAUGACACUGAACCAAUGCAGCUUGGGGAAACAGUAGUUAAAGUGGCAGAGCCCAGAGAAGUUGGAGUUUGUGCUGAUGGCAAAGGAAAAAAACCGACAACUAGAGAUGUUGUACCAGAAGAUUCAGCAGGCAAACCCAGUGAUAGCCAACCACCAACCAGUACAGUUGAGACCCAGCCAACACAAACCGACGUCAAAGCUUUACCACACGACCAGCAAAGAACCCUGUCAGGAGAAGAGUCUAUCAGACAAAAACCUUUAUCCGAAAAGUCUGAAACCAGUAUUAAAGAGUCUGUGGUGGUGCUGAAAAAGACAGCUGAGGUUGAUAAAUCAGCAAACAGGACUGUUACUGAACCGACAAAAGGCAAAGCAUUUGUCACUGAAGCAAAAGUUUUGGCUUCCAAACCAAAUACGGCCCCAACUACACAAAAAUCCCAAACUCCAGCAGCUAAGUUGGCUGCAGCAGGAGAUGUGGCAAGAGAAAAGGUUGAAGAAAGAUCUGCAAAGGCCGUGAGUGUGCCUUCCAAAUCAGCAGCUUCAAAAAAUUGCCCUGAUUUAGAAAAUCGAAAGCCUAAAGAAUCUGAAACCAAGGUUCAAGAAGCUGUGACAAAUGUAACCAUAUUUGAACCCAAGAAUCAAGCCAAUGACACUGAAGGCACUGAACCAAUGCAGCUUGGGGAAACAGUAGUUCAAGUAGCAGAGCCCAAGGAAGUUGGGAGUUGUGCUGAUGGUAAAGGGAAAAUGGCAACUACGGAGGCUGCACCAGAAGAUUCAGCAGGCAAACCCAGUGAUAGCCAACCACCAACCAGUACAGUUAAGACCCAGCUAACAAAAAGCAAUGAGUUUGUCACUGAAGCAAAGGUCUUGGCUUCCAAAGCAGAAACGGCCUCAACUACACACAAACCCAAAGCUCCAGUGGACAAGUUGGCUGCAGCAAGAGCUGUGGCAAAAGCAAAGGUUGAAGGAACAACUGCAAAGGCUGUGAGUGUGCCUUCCAAAUCUACAGCUUCAGAAAAUCAGCCUGAUUUAGAAAAUCCCAAGCCUAAAGAAUCUGAAACUAAGGUUCAAGGACCUGUGGUGGUGCUGAAAGACACAGCUGAGAUUGUUGAAACAGCAAAUGUGACCAGUUUUGAACCGAAGCAUCAAGCAAAACUUGACAAAUCCAAUGACACUGAAGACACUGAACCAAUGCAGCUUGGGGAAACAGUAGUUAAAGUGGCAGAGCCCAAGGAAGUUGGAAGUUGUGCUGAUGGUAAAGGGAAAAUAGCAACUACGGAGGCUGCACCAGAAGAUUCAGCAGGCAAACCCAGUGAUAGCCAACCACCAACCAGUACAGUUAAGACCCAGCCAAUAAAAGGCAAUGAGUUUGUCACUGAAGCAAAGGUCUUGGCUUCCAAAGCAGAAACGGCCUCAACUACACACAAACCCGAAGCUCCAGUGGACAAGUUGGCUGCAGCAAGAGCUGUGGCAAAAGCAAAGGUUGAAGAAGCUCAGUUUGAUUAUUUACAAGAGACUUUUUCUAAGGAGCAAAAGAAACCUCAGAAAAAACCUGAUACAUCAACACCUCAAACCACUAAAUCCACAACCACCACCACAGACAAACUUGCCAAUCAGAGCAUUGUGCCUGAAGGACAAGAGACCAAGACAGAUGCUUCACAGAUGCAACCGCAGGCUCCAGGAAACCCAACUGAACCUGCUGUGGAGCUGCCAGCUGGAGGGGUGGAGAUCAGAACAAUGCAAAAAGAUCUUGUGACUGCAUUGAAGACACAAACAGAUGCAGCAUCAAUCAAGGAUGAAUCUGUCACAACUAAACCAACAGCUGCAGUGAGCGGGCAGCAACAAGCAGCAUCCACUUCGUCUUCGACUGCAAUUACCACUCUGACUAUUGGAGAGAUGGUGGAAAAGUACCUUGAUCCAAAGAGUAUUGAUUGCCUCAGUCGGGAAACCUUCUUCUCCACAACACAUACUUUUCAUAAGCAAUUACUCAUAACCGGACUGCCGAAAUAUCAGUUUUGCCGCUACACGGAGGAAGCCCUUGCCAAACGACUCAAGCCAUUUGGGUUUCAAUAUGAAGAUGACAGCAUUUAUGUUGUUCCUCAGGCACGCAUGGCCUUCGUCACGAUGCCAAGUGUUGAGAUUGUGAGAAAAAUAAUACGGUUCAGAGCGAAGAGUGCGAUUCUUUUCAAAGAGUCUAAACUCUGCCUUAGUGUAUUAACACGCCACCAUGCUUUGACACCGAUUGAGUUUUAUAAACAACUGAUGAUGUGGAUGAAGGCUCCUGUGAGCAGUGCUGGACUGAGAACUGUCUUCGUCAAGAACAUCUCACCGAGUGAGACCAGGAACCUCAGAGAAGCACUGAAAAAAAUCAGUUGUGUCAGGAACUUCCUGCCUCUCCUCAACAAGGUAUUUAUAGAAUUUGAGUUUGAUCGCGAUGCUGAUCGACUCGGAGUUUGGUUCAGUCUCCUGAAACAAGCCCCUAGAUAUGAAGUCCACAGACUGUCAGUGCAACACGGCUGUAUUCCACUACCACCGAAACUUCCUGAGAACGCUCUGCCGGACAGCAAGGAUGCUGUUGCCGGGGCAACUGUCCCACCAGUCCAAUUUGGAGUUCCACAUGGCAGCAUUGCUCCUUUUUGGGUCACGAUAAAAACUAGUCCCUUCCUCUUCCCGACCAUGUCUCCUUGGUUCAUCAUCCCAGAUCACCUGACCGUCAGAGGGAAGGACGACAUUGAGGAGGCAAGACUUAAGAGUUCCAGGCCCACAGUCAUGUUGACCGGUUUACCAGUUGGAAAAUACACACAUGUGGACGUGGCCAAGCUGGUCUGGCGGUAUUUCCCUAAAAAGAACCUUGACUCCUUGUACUACAACGUGAUUGUCUUAACGCUGCAGAGGAGGGCUUUUGUGCAUUUCGACAAUUGGACUACGUCCUGCGAUUUUGUCCAAGCUAACGUGAAAAAGAAUUUCAAAGACUGUAAACUCGGUGUCCACUUUGUCUUGCAAGACAUGAAUCCUGAAUCCAGUGAGGAGAUGAUGUACAAAAAUCUGAUGAAGUGGAGCAACGCUGGAGUUCCAGAGCCAAAGUCACUGGAGGAGCGGUUGCUGUGUGUGGAGAUUUCUGAGACGUCUGUGGACAUCGUCAGGAUGGUCAUGGAAGUGGUGUCGUCCAUCGCGACCUUCGUCGGCUUCCUGCCACUCGCCAACAGGAUCUGCAUUGAGAUGGCUGACUCCAGCGGUGUAACGAAGGUGGUGGAGAAAUACAAAACCUUCUCACCAGAAUCUUUACAAAGGCGCGAACUUUGGAGUAAAGUUCAGCGUUUUGAGACUUUGAAGAGCCUAAAACAGCGUCUAGAUGAUGCCAGUGAGAUCACAAUAAACUUUGAAGGGGACACCAUCAAUGUCGUGCCCAAGCCCCCAGCUGUGAAAUGUCAAACCCAGCCUCCUUCUACUGAACCUUCGGAUAAUGGGUCACAAUCUGCUCUGCAAGCCAGUGGUCCUUGUGGGUCCAACAUAUCUGAGCCCAUCACAGACAAAUCAAGUUCUACAGCCACAAGUGAUGUAGAAAUGGAGGAAGAUGGUGAGAAACCAGCAACUGAGAUCGCAGUAAACUCCACAGUUGGUCCAGAGGCAAAUAAAGAUGUAGAGAAAGCAGAAGUAAAGGAGGAAGAGGGCUCAUUAGUAGUUUCUAUUUCUCUUGCUGAUGUGACCUCUGCAGUCGCCAGUGGCCCUGGUGGAUCCACCAAUUCUGAACCAGUCACAGAAGGAUCAAGUGCUUCCACAACAAGUGAUGUAGCAAAGGAGGAAGACGGUAAGAAACCAGCAACUGAGAUCGCAAUAAACUCCACUGUUGGUCCUGAGACAAAUGAAGACGUAGAGAAAGAAGAAGUAAAGGAGGAAGAGGGCUCAUUAAUAGUUUCUAUUUCUCUUGCUGAUGUGACCUUAAACUCUGCAGUCGGCAGUGGUCCUGGAGGAUCCACCAAUUCUGAGCCAAUCACAGAAGGACCAAGUGCUACCACCACCAACAAUGUAGCAAUGGAGGAGGAUGGUGAGAAACCAGCAACUGAGAUCGCCGUCCACCCCACUGUUGGUCCCGAGGCAAAUGAAGAUGUAGAGAAAGUAGAAGUAAAGGAGGAAGAGGGGUCACUAAUAACUUCCAUUGCUCCUACUGAUGUGACCUUGACCUCUGCAGCUGCCAGUGGAAACACAGUCCCUGCUGCUUCUAGCUCUGUCCCAUCAGCCACAGCGGCCAUGCCUGAAGAAAACAUUGUAGAACUUCCACAGAUUAGCACGGACAUUUUCAAGGUCCUCAUGGCGGCGGUUCACCAGCGCAGAUUUGCCCGAGAGAGCAAGUCCGAGAGCCAGGAGAGGUCCCAGAGCCAGGAGAGGUCCCAGAGCCAGGAGGGGUCCAGGAUCCAGGAGGGGUCCAAGAUCCAGGAGGGGUCCAAGAGCCAGGAGGGGUCCAAGAUCCAGGAGAGGUCUCAGAGCCAGGAGGGGUCCCAGAGGCACGAGAGGUCCAAGAGCCAGGAGAAGGAAUGUCCCAGCAAAAACAACACAAGCUCUGUAACUUUAAUGGCUGAAGACAGGCCUCGACGGUAUAGAAACAGGCCUCGACGGUAUAAAAACAGGCCUCGACGGUAUAAAAUGGUUCAGGAUGAUUUUACAGAUGACACUUUUUCUUCACAUGCCUAUCUUUUUGAUGAUCCAACUUUCAACAUGGAGGACUUUGUCACUGUUGAUGAAGUUGGUGAUGACGUAGAAGACACAAGCCUUGAGCCUCAUAGCUCUUCCUCGUCCUCCUCCAGAGCAAGAGGAAAGAGGCAAAAGUCAUCUGGUAACAGGCAGACCCCAAAAAGGUAUUCAAAAUAUUCUAAGGGCUCAGCUUCGUCCUCAUCCUCCACAAAGUUGAAUAGAGGCUCAAGCUCUUCUAAUUCAAACUCUGUGUCACGAAAAAAGUCCACGGACUUAUCGGAGUCCAUCAAAUCUCCUACCAAACCCUGGUCCUUUGCCAGUGUCAGUAAGCCCUCCUCCUCUUCUUCUACACUGUCUAUUAAAAUCCCUUCCUCUCCUGGUCAGAAAGCACAACAGAACAAGACAAAAUCCCCAUCCAAACCAUCAAAUUCUCCAUCCUCCAGUUGUAGUACUCGCUCGUCCUACGCUGCGCAUGAAAGGGAAACGAUAACAUCAGCAGUAACUGUUGAAGUAUCAAAAGAGACUAAUCCAGAGCCAUUUAGAAAAGAAGCAAAAGCCACAGAGGGCGCAGUGCCGAUGUUUGACCACAAAGUGUUAGCCGAGGGCACUGCUGCAAAGACGGAGACAAAAAUAGAAACAUCAUCAGAGCUGCAUCCACCUUCACAGGGAGAAGGGUUUGAGUUGAGUCAAGCCCAGAGUCUGGAGAUUGAUGUUAAUGUCAACACACUCAAAGACCAGAAGACAAGCAAAGAAGAAGAAGAUGAUGUUGACAAACAUACACAGGAGGAGGAUAGUGAAAACUAUCAAAUCCUUGAUUCACUCGAUGAUCAAAUGGAUGAACAGAUUAAUGACUUGGACAGCGUCAACGAUAAAGGCAAAGCCUGCCCAGAGGAGUUGGUUGGUUCUUUUGAAGACAGUGUUACCAAAGAACAAGCAGCUACAAGUCAAGAGGACAGUCUCCUGGUGCAAGAUGGCGGUUCCACAGUGAAACAACUGUCUGAGGAAGAUGCAGUUCCAGUAGUCGACAAAUCUGAUGAUGCAGUUAUAGAUCAGGAGACAAAUAAAGAUAAUUUUCAAGUGUUGGAUACAGGUAGGAAACAAGCUUCAAUGGGCAACAAUGAUGGGAAGACAAAAGAAAAAGAAGAGAAGGACAAAGGGGAAAUGCUUUCAGCUGAAUCCUGCAAUGAUCAUGAUGACCAAAUCCCAAAUGAAGAACAGACUCUUCAAGACCGUGAUGAUAGUUGUACUGAACAAGAAACCUUUGAAAUAUUGGAUUCAAUUGAUGACCAGACUGAAACAGAAGAGGGCAUCCCAAAACUUAGGUCCACAGAGGAAGAGGAAUGUACAUAUCAGGUAAUUGAUUCUUUGGAAGAUCAGCCAAUGACCACAGAGUCAGAGACAGACAACAUGGAAAGAAGGGCCAUGAAACGGGGGGCGACUACUCGAAAAGAUGAUGGACUAUCCAAGAGGAGUGGCCCUAAAACCACAUCCAAAAGUGAGAUAUCACCAAAGAAACAGGACAGGACGGUUAAAAAGUAUGAGACACAGACAAAGAGAGACACUACUGCAGGAUUUUCUAAAAAAGACAAAGAGACCACUGAGGAGAUGGUGUAUAAGAUAGUGGAUUCUGUUAAUGAUGAACUGGUUCAAGAUUCUGCCACCACAGAAACUUCUGGUAGAAGGAGGAGUGCAAGAGGAAAAAAAGAGGAUAGAAUUACAUUGAAUCUGAAAGAAGCAUCUGAAAAACCUGUCAGGGACGAGGAGGACACAUAUGAGAUUUUAGAUUCCGUGGAGGACGAGACUGAAGAACCAACCGUAAGAUCUACCAGAGGAAAACGGGAAAGAACAGUUUAUAAAGAUGCUUCGAAAGAAAAAACGCCAACAAGAAGGAGGCACACUCCUGCCAGAGAGUCACAGGAACUAAACAAGGAAACAACACCAAAGAAAGAGGAGAAAGCCCCUCCAAAAGAGAGCUCACCAACAAAAAAGAGUGACAUUGUAAGAGAGGUAAGUGAGGAGGAUGCUACCUAUGAAAUACUGGACUCUGUGCAGGACAAGGUUGUCAAGGUUGAUCGGCCCGCUGGACGACACAAGGUUAAAAGGGGAAGACCAAGGAAAGCGGUUAGAACAACUAAAAAUGACAAUCUAACACUGAAGAAAGUUGCAUCUGAAAAAAUGGCUGAAGAAGAAGAGGAGGAGACAUAUCAGAUUCUCGAUUCUGUGGAGGACAGCGGAUCUCUAGCAGGAUCAGCCAAGAAUGAGGAGGAGGAAGAGCCUGUGUAUCAGAUCGUAGAUUCUCUGGAAGACGAUCAAGAAGAGCUGACGGCCACAGAGGUUUCUGACAAAGGGAGGAAGGGCAACACUAAUGAAACACCAACAUGUGAUAGGACAACUGUGGAAAUGUCUGAAAAAGUGGUCGUCAAGAAGAAGCUGGUUGAUGGUUUCCAGGAGGUACAAGAUGAUCCAUCUGCAGGAGGAUCUGGUACGAGAAUAGAUAACCCUAACCUGGACCAAGUGAGCGAGGAGGAGGAGGAUUACCCUGACGACACAGCUGAGGAGGAAGAACUGAGGAAGAGACAAGCCGCCACAAAAGAGAGGCAGUUAGCCAAGGAGCGAGAAGCAAAGAGGACAAGGGAAAAGGAGGAGAGGAGGACCAGGGAGCAAAGGAGUCGGAGCAGCAGCAGCAGCAAAGGAGGAGGUAACAAGGGAAGGACGAAGAGGGGAAAUGAGGAGGUGGAGGUAGACACCAAGGAGCUGGUGACUCUGGAUGAGGUCGGAGCAGAUGAGGCCGGAGAGGAAAGAGCGUGGGAGAUCACGGAGGGAGAGCUGCAGACACUCGUCACUCUGGAUGAGUUCGUAGAAGAAGAGGAGGACGGAAAGGCUGAGCAAAGCACGCCGGAGACCCGCCCACUCCACCAGGAGGACGAAUCAGAGGACUCCUUGAACCCAGAGACUUUGGUGACUUUAGAUGAAGCUGGCAAUGAUGAGGAAGAGCAGCCGUACGAAGAACAAGCUGAGAAAACAUCAAGAUCUGCUAAACGCAAACACGAUGACGACACAGCGGAAACUAUGAACUUUGUGACGGUUGAUGAGGUGGGAGAGGUGGAAGAGGAGGAGGAAAAGGAAGUAACAACCAGGACAAGAAGCCAAGCAAGGAAGAGAACCAGACAAACCCCCGUAAGAAAAUCUUCCAGAGGGAAAAAAGUGAGCGCCACAGACGAGAGAGAAGUUGACGUACUGCCUCCCACUUCACUCGAUGCCUCCUCGUCAUUGGACAAAGAUCCGUCUACGUUGUCGAGCUGCGACCAGCCGAAGGUCCAGAAGACUGAGACUGAGGAGGAAGCAGCGAGCCAAGCUGACAGUGAUGCUGCCUCUGCUGAGAACCAAACACUGGAGGGAGGUGUGGAGGAAGGAGAGGAGGAGAAGCAGAGAAGGAAGGACAUUAACGUUGUGAGUAAAGAGAGGAGGGAACUUGUCGGACCCGAAGCAAAGAGAUCUCGUUCUCAGUCUCCUUCUGUCCCUGCUGACCUCAAACUGCCGACAUUCAAACCCAACAACCCCCUCGGUGAGGAGUUCAUGGUCCCUUUAUCUGGGUUCUUCUGUAACCUCUGCUCUGUUUUCUACGAGAGCACAGCCAAGGACCUCCACUGCAGCAGCCAGAUGCACUACGACAACCUGCAGAGACAUUAUCAGAAGCUUGAACAGAAACCAUCAACGAGUUCAACGUGAAGUUCUGAAGACUGUUUCUGAGUUUUAUUUAUUCUUAUUGUUACAAAGUGAAGCUGGGUGAGUGAAACAUCUGCAGCUUUACAGUUGUGGUGCCUUUCUCCCGCCACAGUUACGCUGCAUCAUUCAUGUUCCGGAGGAAACACGAGCCGAGUUUUACUACGAAGUCGGUAACGGUUACAUAUUAGAGUUUAUAGCUUUAAAAAAACUAUAGCUACAUGACCUCUUUUAGUAGUUUGAAUCACCACCAACAGGAAGAGUAGUAGGAGUGUCAAUAGCAUCGGACCUUUUAACAAACAAAUCUAAUAUUUCUAUCAUGUUUUCUACAUCGUUUUUGUUUAUUUCAGGUCUUAAUGUCGUCUUUUGUCCCCUUUCUCUGCUCUUGGUUCAGUCAGUCCCUUCAGGACAUUUGCAUCGCAACAUUUCCACAAAUCUGAGCAAUCAAAUUGCUAGCGAUUAUUUUAUAUUUUUAGAGACUAUUUUAUUCUAAGUUGCCUUAAAUUUUUUAUGACACACAAAAAUUGCUUUUCUUUUAUAGAAAAGCUGCUGUGUCAUUUUAUGUAUCUUAACAAUUAGGUUUCUGAUGCAGCACCUUUUGAAGGAUGAACAUAUUAACUUGUUUUUAAAAGUGUAGAAAUCAAACUGAGAAUUUAAUCUUGUACAUGAUGUAAAAAGGUCUGACGAGCGUGGGUCACUGUAAUGUUACAAUGUGAGAGCGAACAAACACUUUUAUUGUUCAUAAACAAUCAUUCACUGAACAUAAACUCUGUGAUGUUUGACUGUAACAGUUUGAUUUUAUUUAUUUUUCUGAACUUUUUUUUUUUUUUACCAAAUGUUUCUUAAUUUGUAUUUAAGCUGUUUCUGUUGUACAAUUUGUUCAGUUUCUAUAAAACUAAAUAAAAGCUGAGUGUCUCA